GCCUCAGGAGCGUUUUGUUUUUAUCUCCAUUUUCGAGCGCGCUGUCGCAGUACAACAUGACUGAGCCUGAGGACGUGACAGAGCACAGCAGCGCGCGCUCACGUCUCAUAUCCAUAUCAGGCGACACAGAUAAACAGAAUCAGGAAGAGAUGGAGGAUGAUGGCUGUGUGACAGCAGCACUCCACACAGCCUCCAGCAGCACUGCACCCACCACCAGUGCCACGCCAGUGAGCUCUACACCCAGAUCCAACACUCCCACAGGCACUCAGCCCAGCGGCAUUCCUCUGGGAAACAUCACUUCAGACAGGCAGGCGGUCCAGGUAAUCCAGCAGACGCUACACAGACCACAGAGCAUGACAGCUCAGUACCUACAACAGAUGUAUGCUGCCCAACAACAGCAUAUCCUGCUGCAGACGGCUGCACUACAACAGCAGCAUCAACAGAACCUCACGGCUACACAAAUCCUGACCACUACAGAGCAGGCCACGCAGACUAAUGGCAGGCAGCUCCCCUCCUCCCCUCCAUCAUCCAAUGGGAAUGUAACUCGGCUGGCUAGUGUGUCUCAAACAUCAAUCACCAUGCCAACCUCUCCUGUAACUCAGCCAAUAGGUCACAUCCAGGUCACUAGCUCUAAUAGUACAGCAGGAGCCAUAUCCCAGCAGGCCAUGCUUCUAGGAAACAGCUCUCCCACAGGUAGCCAGGCCCAAAUGUAUCUGCGCACUCAGAUGCUGAUUCUUACUCCUGCUGCCACUGUAGCUGCUGUUCAACCUGAUCUGACGGUUGUAAGUUCAGUGUCCUCUCAAUCAGCAUCAUCACAGGUUCAAAGUCUGGCUCUCCGCACUCAUCUUCUUGCUACUCCCCAGAACGUCCAGAUCAAGCCUUCUCUUCAAGGCCAGACGCUGGUGUCCCCCCAGCCCAAGAUGUCCAUUUGCCCACUGAAGUCCACACAGCUGUCCCAGAACCUGGCAGAAACUUCUAGAAGUGAGUCACUGUUGACCGAUGUUACUCAGCCAGCAUCAGCCCAACCACUCAUUCCUCUUUCAACCUUCACUCCAGUUCAGUCUCAUACAUUGGUCAGACACCAGCUGCAUUGCCCUUCCGGCCAGAGGGUGGCGCCACACCAGCUCAUCAUCCAGCAGAGCUCUACCGCUCAAAGACAGGUCCAGCCCAUUGCGCUGCAUGUCAUGCAGCAUGACAGCUCUCCUCCACCCCUUGCCCUGCAGUCCCGUACCACUCCCACUACAGCCACCGUCCAAUCACAGCACACAGAGUUCCUCUCAGUGCCCUCCUCUGCAAAUCAUCCCAGCAAUCAGUCAGCAGUGGUGUCUACAUCCACAGCUCCCCCUGCAGUGCUCCCUGACCCUCCACCACUUCAUCUGGGCCCAGUGCUAGAGCCGGUCUCCCAGUAUUCACCUCUGUCCAGCCCCCCUCCUCUCACCAUGGCUCUGCCCAGGCUGGUCCAGCCACAGAGACUGUCUCUACGCUCAGUCCAGACCGUAGCUGUCCAGUCUGACCACAUGCUGGUGUCUGAAGAGGAGCUCCCAGUCGCUGAAGCAGUAGUUCAGUUGCCUUUUCAGAAUCUGCCGCCACCACAGACAGUGGCAGUGGACCUAAAGGUGCAACCUGCCACACAAACAGAAGCUCCCUCGGCAACACCACUGUUGAAGGAGAGUGGAAGCAUGGAUUUGGUGAAGGAUGUAGAACAUGCAUGUCCUCAGAACAGAACUCCCACCCCGCCACCACUGUCCCCACCAGAUGAGCCCCAGGGAAGCUCUGAUGAUGCAACAACACAACCAGAAAACUGUACAGCUGAUCUGGACCAACCAAGCUUACCAUCGAGCAGAUCUGUUAUGCGGUCACCAGAGGACCCCACAUAUGCCAACAGUUCCCCCCCUCCCCUCCUCUCCUCUGCGGUAAGAAGCACCAGCAGGCUUCCCCCAGCCAGCCUUCCAGGGAAUCCUGAGGGUCGGCCCUCACAGGCCAUCGUUAGACCUCACAUCCUCACACACCUCAUUGAGGGCUUCGUCAUCCGAGAGGCCCUGGAGCCGUUCCCGGUGAGACAUGCUUCCUUAGAGAUGAACCUGCAGGCCACACUGCCAGAAGAUAGAGAGAACGGAGAAUCAGCACAGGAUGACUGCCUGAUGGAUGCGGACCAACCAGAGAACUCCACCGAUUCCGACAUUGAUAACCCACCUGCUGAGGAUGAACAGACAGUUGAAAACCUGCCUGUCGUACUCAAAUGCGAGUUCUGUGGGAAGAGAGGCUUUGCUCGUACCUUCCUCAGGUCCAAACGCUUCUGCUCCAUGACAUGCGUCAGAAGAUUCAAUGUAAGCUGUAAAAAGCGCCUGAACCUGUUUAGCUCAGAAAAAGUUGGCCGUUGGCCACACAGGCCCAUGGGCAAGCGGGGGAGACCACCUAGUCACAUAAACGGCAGGUCCAGGGAGCACUUCCUCAGGCAGCAGCUGCAAGACUCCCAUCGUACCAGCAACAACCCGAGAGUCUCGAAUUCAAUUUGGAUUGAGAGAGAAGAGGAGGAGGAUCCACCAGGCCCGAUGACAACAAGGCUGCGUUUGCAGGCCGAAAGAGAGAAGGAGCAAGACAGAGAAAGGGAACAGAGCAGAGUGGAGAGCAGCAGCAGCUCUGACUGUCUUCUUGACUCAAGUCCCUCACAGUGGAGCGUGGAGCAAGUGUGCUCCUUCAUCAGCUCUUUACCAGGGUGCCAUGAUAUUGCUGCAGAGUUCUGCUCACAGGAGAUUGACGGACAGGCCCUGUUGCUGCUUACGGAGGACCAUCUCAUGAGCGCUAUGAACAUUAGACUGGGCCCUGCACUCAAAAUCUGUGCGCAGAUCAAUGCUCUCAAAGAACAUUAGACAGGCUUGUCUUUCCACUCUCAGUAUGUGGGUCAUAUUCGGUCACAGUUUUCGAGAGUCAGAUUCCUCUAAAGUGCCAUAUCAGUAUGUGGCCAUUCUACAAAUACUGUAGACACCUUCUUCAUAUACCUCAAAGUUUCAUGAUAGACUUAUUUUGGAUUUCAUUCCAUUCGGUGAAAAGUUUUAUAGUAUCUAAAAUUAAUUCUGAUCUUGUAUAUUACAUUUAUAGUUAACAGACCAACUGGAAAGAAAGAUUAUGAAGAAUGAGAAAUGAUGAAACUGAGCAGCCACAAUUUUUUGAAGCUGGUGCAUAAUGUACAAAGUGUUUAAAAAAAAAAAACUAUUGACAACACUUUAAAUACAAAGAAACUCUUUUCAAAUUAUGUAAAUGUUUACAAAAACACAGAGUAUAUAAUGUGUUGAAAAAUAAAGAUUUAUUGAUAAACAUCAAUUGCAAAGUCCUGAAUAUUUUUUUUUUAAUGUACAUUAGUCCAGAAUUCAGUUGCAUUAAAAUGCAACAACUUUGGCAUCUUUUCGUACAU